UGGGGAGACGACUAUCAAGAGUCCAAUGGCAGAGUGGCGGAGCAGAAGCAGCUUCAAUUGAAGGCCAUACACAGGCCUAGGUUAAAAAGCGGAAGCCGUCAGCAGCGUGAGCAGACGACAGAGACACAUGGCGCAGGGUGGCGGUGGAUGCAGCAGUAUUCGGAAGCCAAACACAGGCCGGUUAAAAAGCGGAAGCCGUCAUGCAGCGUGAAGCGACAGAGACACAUGGCGUCGGUGGAACUGUGCAGCCAGUAUUCGGAAGACAUACACAGGACUAGUUUAAAAGCGGAAGCCGUCAGUCAGCAGCGUGAAAGAGCAGACGACAGUGGCACAUGGCGCAGGGUGGCGGUGGAGGCAGCAGUAUUUGGAAGCCAUACACAGGCCUAGGUUUAAAAAGCGGAAGCCGUCAGCAGCGUGAGCAGACGACAGAGGCACAUGGCGCAGGGUGGCGGUGGAGGCAGCAGUAUUCGGAAGCCAUACACAGGCACUAG